GAACAUGACAACCAGGACAGGAGAUACAGCUCUUAUUCUUGCAGCCGCACAUGGACAUACACAAACAGUAGAAGCGCUUAUAAAAGCUGGGUUGAACGUCAAUGCAAGGAACAACAUUGGUUCAAAUCCACUGUAUGUGGCUGCUAUGAGUAACCACGAAAGUGUAGUCAAAGUCAUCGUUUCUAGCGGAGGGGAUACGAAUGCGAGAUUGAAUGAUGGCAAAACACCACUACAUACAGCUUGUGAUGUGGGCAAUGUAGGACUUGUAAAACUCUUGAUAUCACACGAUGGAGAUGUCCAUAUAGCUGAUAAAAGGCUGUGGACACCAUGCCACUUUGCGGCACAGUGCGGCCAUCCGGAUAUACUAAAGAUACUAUUUGCUGAAGGUGCUAACCCCAAUUCAACAACUGUAGAAGGACUGACACCCCUUCAUGUUGCAUGCAUGAGGAGAAAUGAGGAGACAGCGAUAUCCCUCUUACAAAUGCAUUGUGAUGUUCAGCGUAAAACUGCAAAAGGUGUGACUGUUCUCCACCACGCAGCAACACUGCCUGCUAGAAAACUGCUGAUGUUUCUCUUAGCACUUGACAUGGAUAUCAACGCCCCAUCUCAAAAAGGGGAAACUCCACUUCAUCACUCAGUUCUUUCAGGCAGUGUAGAUGUGGCUCGUGAACUAUUAGAUCGCGGGGCUAAUGUUAAUGCAAGGACAGUUACCAAUGAGUCUCUCCUCAGUCUAAGUACAUAUUUGGGCCAUUCAUCACUAGUUUCACUAUGCGUUCAACGUGGUGCGGAUGUAAACAAUGAAAAUAUCAAGGGAGUAACGCCUCUCCAUAUUGCAUGUGCCAACGGUAACUCUACUAUUGCGGAGAUACUCAUCCACGCUGGGGCUGACGUCAACCUCAAAAACAAAGAUGGGCUAACACCAUUGCAUUUUUCAGCCUUGAGAGGUAGAAAAGAUAUAGUGGAGAUACUGCUAAGGGCUAAUUGUAACACGACACUGCUAACGAUGAGAGGUGCACAGGCUUGUGACUAUGCUCUCUUAAGCGGACAUUUUGACUUGUAUCUCAUGCUGAUUCUAACAGACCUAGGAUUGAUCCUUUUGAAGAAGCUUCCCAUCAUAGCAAUUGAACUGCUGAAACCAUAGUGAGGCCAUGCCAAAUUCACCCCAGGAUAUGUGACAUCAAUAUCAAGUGCAUGAAGAAAAAUGACGUUAAUCUGAGUGGCUAAACUACACACAAUGUCACUCUUGAAGUAUUAUCACAAGAGAAAUGUGCUUACGCUGGACAUGAUAAAUAGAGAUUAUUGUGUAAGUGUCACACGCCUUAUACGAAACGAGUGUGAAAUUUUGCACUCGUUUCGUAUAAGUCAUAUUGUUCAAAGAUUAAAGUAUGUAAAUGCUGACAAAAGUUAUAUUUCAACGCGUAGGCGUACUUUUACAAUGUUUGUAAGAAGUGAACAUGACAUUAUAUUAAUUGAUCGUUUUCUUGUACAGGAUGUUUACAAUUUAUAUUUUAUAACUGACGCCAUUACAAUGUUAGGUGAAUUGUAUAUAUUGUAUGUAUACUGGACAAAAUAUUUAGGGAUAUAUGUAAAUUUUGAGAUUAUGAAUAAUGAUCUAUUUAUUCAUUGACACACUGACAAAAUAUCAAUCAUAAAAAUACAAAUAUCCCUAAUUUAUUUUGUCCAAUAUACUUCAAAUAGUUCACAAAUGUGUGGAUAUGUUGAAAUAACGUUUCUCUUGAUUGUAACACAUGUUAAUUGAUCUUAUCUAAUAGAGAAUUAUGUCUUUGUAA